AUGCCAUCAACUUCGCUAAAAUGGCAAUUAGCAUUCGGUUUGGGAGCAGCAGGCGCUUUAGGUUUAGCCUAUUGGUAUUUAAAAACCAACAAGAAUCAGACAUUACAAACUGUAGAAACUGUAGUUCCAAAGGAAGAAACCCAAUUUCAGAAAGCACAAAGAUACAAAACUGAAGGUAAUGAAAUGUUCAAGCGAGGCAAAUAUGAUGAGGCUAUAUCACUAUACAAUAAGGCGAUAGACACAAUUCCUGAAGAAUUUAAAACAGAUUUAGCUACAUAUUACCAAAACAGAGCUGCAGCUUAUGAGCAGUUGAAGAAAUGGAGCUCAGUAAUUUCAGACUGCACAAAGGCUAUUGAGUUGAAUAAUCGUUAUGAAAAAGCUCUUUAUCGAAGGGCUAAAGCUGAGGAAAUGAUCAAAGAUUGGGUACAUGCCCUUGAUGAUAUUACAUCAGUAUGCUUGUUGCAGAAUUUCAGCAAUCAAAGUGCUCUUUUGAUGGCAGAUCGUGUUUUGAAGGAAUUGGGAAGGAAAAAUGCCUCUGAAGCUAUAAAAAAUAGAAAGCCAGUAAUUCCUUCCAAAAAUUUCAUAAAGACUUAUUUUGUAUCCUUCUCAAAUGAUCCUGUCUACAAGAAGCUCCUUGAAACUACUGAUCCUUUGGGUCAAGGUGAUUUAACAGGCUUCCUCAAAGCUAAAUUAGCAUUUGCUACUGAAAAGUAUGAAGAAAUUAUACCUGCAUGCACUGAAGAACUAAAUUUCAGUGAAUCAGAAUCCAGCUACAAGCUUGAAGCUUUAUCUCUGAGGGCAUCAUUCUAUUUCUUGACAGGACAGUUCACACUAGCAUUAGAAGAUUUAACAUCCAUAAUAAACACAAAAGAUGCUGACUCUUUAAUAAAAGUUAAUGCUCUCAUCAAAAGGUCCUCCAUUUAUAUGCAAACUGAAAGAAUUCAAGAGUGUUUAGCAGAUUUAGAAACUGCAUCAGAGUUAGGUCCAGAUGUGUCAGAUGUUUAUCAUCACAGAGGUCAAGUUAAACUCCUUAUGGAGAAAACUGAUGAGGCUAGGAGUGAUUUCCAGAAAGCUGUCUCACUAAAUCCGAAUUUCGCAGUAGCAGUGGUACAAAAAUCCUAUUCAGAUUACCGCCAAGCAAUGCAGACCCAAGAUGUGGGGCUUUUAAUGCAAAGCAUGAAUGAUUUCAGAUCGGCCAUCGAAAGGUUUCCAACUUGUCCAGAAACCUACAUACUUUUUGCUCAGGUGAAAACUGAGAAGCAAGAGUUCCAUGAAGCUGAAGAAUUAUACAAAAGAGCCAUGGAAAUAGAUCCAGAAAACGCAUCUGUGUACGUCCACAGAGGUCUGUUACUGCUGCAAUGGAAAGGGGAAAUUGAAAAUGCAGUACAACUGAUGAGGGAGGGUAUUAGGAUUGAUGAGAAAUCUGAAUUCGCUUAUGAAACUCUGGGAACAGUUGAAGUGCAGAGAGGAAAUUUAGUUAUCGCAAUUGACUUAUUCAAUAAAGCGAUAGCCUUAGCAAGAUCGGAAAUGGAAAUGGUUCAUCUCUUUUCCCUGAGAGAUGCAGCAGCCUCUCAAUUGAAGAUUGCUUCCAAAUUAGGUGUGGGACCCGAUCUGCUCAAAGGAGUAUCUUAA